AUGGGGGCAUCACUGACCAGGGCGGCCCAGUGGACCACGGCCAGCUCUGGCACCGGCAAACUGGAGAUUACACCCAUCAAUGAGUCCUUGUUGAAAGAGAUCCUGAGCUUUGUGGAGCAGUUCAGUUCCAGACACCCACAGGAGGCAAAGCAUGUGUUCAAGGAGCCUCUGCAGUGGAGUACCACCUUAGUGGCUUCUGAUUUCAAAACAGACUAUGACAUCAGUGGCCCAACUGUACAGUCCCAGGAAAAAGACAGUGAAGGGCAUCCCUUGUUGCAGCUCUCCCCUCCUACUAUUUUUGCACGCAGCUUUAGCCAGCUUUCUAAACUAGUUCAGCUGGCAAACGAUAAGAAGCUGAAGGAGGUUCGAGCAUGUCUCGAAGAAAAUAGAGAUCCUGUGGUAAAGAUUCUGGGUCCCAGCUUUGCGACUGUGCUUGAGGGCGAAGACAACUUUGUGCUGCGUCUGGUGGACAAAGUGAAACAAGAGGACCAGGCAGCAGAUUCUGCACUCAAGGUUAAGCUGUUCUUCUUGCUUCAACAUCUGGACAACCAGCUCCUCAGCAACUCCCUCAAAAAGAUCUCCCAAGAAGUAAGGCUUAGCCCGGCCGCAGUGAAGAAUGAAGUGGAGCUGUUGAAACACUUCUGCAGUGAAGGGGAAAAGAGGGUGUUGAAGUCAGUUCGAUACACAUCAGAUUAUGAAUUUUCCAAUGGCUGCCGGACCCCUCCAUGGAGGCAGGUGCAUGGUGAUAUUUGUUACCUUGUGAUUGAGCCGUGUGACACUGAGACACUCUACAUCACCUGCAGCACAGCUGGAGUUUUCCUAAACGGGGGCAUAAAACAGGAGGGGGAAGAGAAUGCCUAUGAGCGAACAAGUGAAAUGCACAAAGACUUGGUAACACUUCUGAAGAGCAGGUCUCCCCACUUUGCUGAGAAUAUAAACAAGCAGGAUUUUGCAGUUCAAGAAGAACUUCCAUCAACAAAAAAAGUCCAACAUGUGGAAUCAGUUGAUGCGGAGGAACAAGGCCAACCCCAGAGGUCUUACGAGCAUCAGGAAAAGAAUGUGCAUGAGAGGGCGAGACAACAGCAUACCCCGAACAAGCCAGGCGGCAAGACAAAAUUAGAACCAUCUCCAAGAUGGAAGAGCCCUGGUCUCAUGUCUCCCUAUGAUGGGACAGAAGAAAAGAAACACAGAAUGGGCUCUGGGAAGGAGAAGUCUGGAAAGAUACAGAAGAAGAUGCUGAGAUCAGACAGCAAGAAAAAGGCUGAUUUCUCAGUGUCCUCUUCACCUGGGCGACAGUCCUCGCAGAAGACUAAGACCCCAGUUGGAGUCAUGCUGGCGGAGGCUUUCAGCGAGAGUUCGUCUGAGAGUGAGGAAGAUGAGGAGCAGCCAGAACGCCGUCCUGAGAGCAACACAGACCUGCCCUCUGAAUACUGGCAGAUCCAGAAACUGGUCAGGUACCUCAAGCGAGGCAACCAGACGGCCACUGUGCUUGUUCUGUGCGCCAUGAGGGACUUUAAUUUAGUGCAGGAGACUUGCCAACUGGCCAUCCGGGAUGAAGGUGGCCUUGAAGUCCUCCUUAACUUGCUGGAUACAAAAGAAAUCAGAUGCAAAAUUGGAUCUCUUAAGAUCCUAAGAGAGAUAAGUAACAACUCUCAGAUGCGUCGGGCCAUUGCUGACCUGUGUGGCUUGCAGUCCAUGGUGAAGAGUCUGGACUCACUGGUCAAGGACCUUAAGGCCCUCGCUGCAGAGACCAUCGCUAAUGUGGCCAAGUUCCGCAGAGCAAGGAGGACCAUCAGGCAGUAUGGAGGCAUCAUGAGAUUGGUAAAGCUGCUGGACAUUCCUGAUUUGGCCACACCAACUGCAGAGCAGGAGAGGGAUGUUGAGGUGGCCCGCUGUGGAGUUCUCGCACUGUGGAGCUGCAGCAAGAGUACCAGGAACAAGGAAGCCAUCCGGAAAGCUGGGGGCAUCCCUCUGCUGGGACGCCUACUCAAGUUGCCCCAUGAGAAUAUGCUCAUCCCUGUGGUGGGCACCUUACAGGAGUGUGCCUCUGAGAGAAGCUGCAGGAUUGCAAUUCAGACUGAGGGCAUGAUCAAGGAUUUGGUCAAAACCCUCAGUUGUGACAACCAAGAGCUUCAAAUGCACUGUGCUAGUGCAAUCUUCAAGUGUGCAGAAGAUAAGCAAACCCGUGACCUGGUGCGUCAGUAUGAAGGGCUCCAGCCUCUGGUUUUGCUGCUGAACAAAGUCGACAACAAGCAGCUCCUAGCCGCCACCACGGGGGCCAUCUGGAAGUGCUCCAUCAGCAUGGAGAAUGUGGCUAAGUUUCAGGAGUACAAUGUCUUGGAGAUCCUGGUUAACCUGCUGACUGGGCAGCCUGAGGAAGUGCUGGUCAAUGUUGUUGGAGCCCUGGGGGAGUGUGCCCAGAUACCCGCCAAUAGAGCGAUCAUCCGCAGAUGUGGAGGCAUCCAGCCACUGGUCAACUUGCUCACUAGAACCAACCAGGCACUGCUUGUGAAUGUGACCAAGGCAGUGGGUGCUUGUGCUACAGAGAAAGAUAACAUGGAAAUCAUUGACCGCCUUGACGGAGUCCGCCUGCUCUGGUCCUUGUUGAAAAACCCCAAUGUAGAUGUUCAGUCCAGUGCUGCAUGGGCCAUUUGUCCAUGCCUUGAGAAUACAAAGGAUGCAGGGGAAAUGCUGUUCUACUUCGUCGGCGGAUUGGAACUGAUUGUUAAUUUGCUGAAGUCAACAAACAAAGAGGUACUGGCGAGCGUUUGCGCUGUCAUCGCCAAAAUAGCCAAAGACGAGGACAAUCUGGCAGUCAUCACUGAUCACGGGGUUGUCCCGAUGCUGGCCAAGCUGACUAACACAACCGAUGACAGGCUCCGCCGCCACCUGGCAGAGGCCAUUGCCCACUGCUGCAUGUGGGGCAGCAACAGGGCUUCUUUCGGGGAGGCUGGUGCUGUGGCUCCGUUGGUGCGCUACCUCAAGUCCACAGACAGCUCAAUCCACCAGGCCACAGCCCAUGCCCUGCUCCAGUUGUCCAAGGAACCCAACAAUUGCAUCACCAUGCACCAGAACGGAGUGGUCAAGCUCCUGCUUGGCAUGAUGGGUUCCGCUGAUGAGAUGUUCCAGGAGGCUGCUGCUGACUGUGUGUUCAACAUCCGACGACUGGCCCUCGCUAAUGACAAGGCCUCAUACGGUUAUCCUCCCUGACAGUUCCACUGUAGUUAACCAGUGCUGAUGGGCUG